AGUUUUCAAGAUAAAAGGAUAAUUCUCUCAUUUGUACCAAACACAAUUGCGAGACAUAUGGUUUCCCUUUGCUCUCUCUCUAUGAUGACAUGAAAACCUUAAGAAGAUGCGAGAGAUUCUGUAAUUGUUAUGCCAUUCAUUUUAGGAGAUUAUCUGUUAUUUCUGAGGCCAAACCCUUAAAGGUUGAGAAAGUUGUUCCCGUGAAUGCUGAUUCUACUCGUGUGGAAAUUUUACACUAUGUUUUGCAGUUAUGUGCAAAAGCAAGAUCAUCUAUGGGAGGAAGGGCAUGCCAUGCCCAGAUUAUUCAUGUUGGCUUGGAAAUGGACAUUUUGACGUCAAAUAUGCUAAUUAACAUGUACUCUAAAUGUUCUUUGGUUGACAAUGCUCGCAAAAAAUUUGAUGAAAUGCCAGUGAAAAGCCUAGUUUCAUGGAACACAAUGAUUGGAGCACUUACCCAGAAUGCAGAAGAGCAGGAAGCUCUCACACUUUUAAUUCAAAUGCAAAGAGAGGGAACCGAGUUCAAUGAAUUUACCAUUUCCAGUGUUUUAUGUGAAUGUGCCUUCAAAUGUGCAAUAAGUGAGUGCAUGCAGUUGCAUGCUUUAUCAAUUAAGGCUGCCAUAGAUUCAAAUUGUUUUGUUGGAACUGCUUUGGUCCAUGUCUAUGCCAAGUGCUCUUUAAUAAAAGAUGCAUGUCAGAUAUUUGAGAGUAUGCCUGAAAAGAAUGCUGUUACAUGGACUUCAAUGAUAUCAGGGUUCGUGCAAAAUGGGUUUCAUGAGGAGGCUUUGCUGCUUUUUCACAAUGCUCAGUUAAUGGGUUUUGACCAGGACCCAUUUAUGAUAUCAUCUGCUGUUUGUGCUUGUGCAGGCCUGGCAACUUUGAUGGAAGGGAAGCAAGUGCAUGCCAUGUCAUGCAAGUAUGGAUUUGCUUCAAACGUUUACGUUACUUCCUCUCUUAUAGACAUGUAUGCCAAAUGUGGCUGCAUAAGAGAAGCUUACCUUGUGUUUCAAGGUGUGGAGAUUAGGAGCAUUGUUUUGUGGAAUGCAAUGAUUUCUGGGUUUGCUAAACAUGCUUGUGCAACAGAGGCUAUGAUCUUAUUUGAAAAAAUGCAGCAGAGAGGGUUCUUUCCUGAUGAUGUAACAUAUGUAUCUGUACUAAAUGCAUGCAGUCAUAUGGGUUUGCAUGAAGAAGGACACAAGUAUUUUGAUCUCAUGGUUAGACAGCACAAUAUUUCACCCCGUGUCCUUCACUAUUCAUGUAUGAUUGAUAUUCUUGGUAGAGCAGGACUGGUUCAAAAGGCUUAUGAUUUGAUAGAAAGAAUGCCAUUUAAAGCAACUAGUUCUAUGUGGGGUUCACUUUUAGCCUCUUGUAGAAAUUCUGGCAACAUUGAGUUUGCUGAGAUUGCAGCGAAGCAUCUGUUUGAAAUGGAGCCUAACAAUGCAGGAAACCACAUCUUGCUAGCAAAUAUAUAUGCUGCAAACAAAAAGUGGGAAGAAGUUGCAAGAGUAAGAAAGGUUAUCAGAGAGAGUGAUGUGAGGAAGGAGAAGGGUACAAGUUGGAUUGAAAUUAAGAAUAAGAUUCACUCAUUUACUGUUGGCGAGAGAAAUCAUCCACAGAUCAAUGAGAUUUAUGCUAAGUUGGAUAAUUUGGUGGAAGAUUUGAAGAAACUGAAUUACAAGGUUGAUACCAAUAUUGAACUGCACGAUGUGGAAGAGAGUGGAAAACAAAUGCUUUUGAGGCACCACAGUGAGAAGCUCGCUAUUACCUUUGGAUUGAUGUGUUUGCCUAGUGAUAUUCCAAUAAGGAUUAUGAAAAACCUCAGAAUUUGUGGUGAUUGCCACAAUUUUAUGAAACUUACAUCCAAGUUUACAAGGAGGGGGAUCAUUGUUCGAGAUAUAAACCGUUUUCACCACUUUAAGGACGGGUUGUGUUCUUGUGGAGGGUUUUGGUGAAGUUGUGAUAUAUAUUUCUAUUUUAUUUACUCCAGGUAACGCGAGUUUCAUUUUCAACUGCGUUUGAGUUACUUCAUUGGAAAGGUGCGGUGAUUAAUAUGACGUUGGUUAUAACCAAUCCAUCUGCUUUAUACGGCAUGGGCACCUUUUUUAUGCAAAUGGUUUAUUUCAGUUUGUCGUAAAUUACGAAGGGAGAGGUCAGGGUUGGUUUGGAGUGUUAAGUUGGGCAUGUAAGAGAACAGCCUCAGUUACCAAGGCACCUUGCACUUAUCAUGGGCAGGAAUUUCAUUGUGGGGGAAUGGAUUUCGGUCUUUGGAGUUGGCUGCAAUAAUUGAGUAGUGCUAUCGAAGAUCAGCAAUAUUUGUGAAAACAUGUUUUGAUGAAACGUGUUGGAACAGGCUAAUGAUGAGCAUGAUAACCGAGCACUUUUCUGUUACUUUAUACGACACUGCAGCCUACAGUUUAAGGGAUAUAUAGGCAAAGAACUCUUACGAUCUGUCAUUGCACAAAACCCAUAAUGUCUUGUUCCUUUUAUUGUGGUGAAAUCAUGCUUCUCAUUCGCUGGUCAUCAUAGAUAUUUUUUAACCCACAGGAAAAUACAUUUUUCUUUUGACCGUUCAGGAGGGGAGAUACUCCCACUAAGUUUUACAGGAAUCAUACAUUUUCAUCUGUCAGCUGAUUCUUCUGUUCCAAUUCUUCCAUUUGAUUUAUAACUAUUACUACUGCCGGACUUCGGACCUUUCACCUGAGAACCAUGGCUUGCAAAGUAUCCUUCCUUAAUCCGAAAGAAACUGUGAACUUCUCACAACUGACUGAUAUUCUUAAAUCUCGGCCACUGUAGAGUGCAUUGCAGAAAGUUAUUAGCCCUGAAAACACCCAGACUGGCAAUGAAGUUACGUAGAAAUUUUAAAAUUUUUAUAUUAUCUAAAUUUAAAAGAUGAAGAGUACAAUUGUACAUGUUUGAUCUAAAAUAAAAUAUUAUCUAAAUUUGAAUAUUUAAAACUGGAUGGUAGCACCUAAGAAUUAUGUUAUACAUGAUACAUCCUCAAAGCUGAUCUUUUAGACCAUGAGCACCGUCUUCGUUUUGAAAGAUAGCGGUCCGUGCUUCACUACAAGAGGGAUAAAAAGAGAGAGAAAGCGGGAAUCUCUUAUAUACAUACUAGCUUUCUAAUGAUUCAACUGUACAAAAGGGAACCGCUAGAAGCAGCAGACUUGAGGGUGCAUCAGAAGAUCUAAUUAGCCGUUUUUGCACACUAUGUUGGCGGGUAGAUGCUGUGCAGUGUAUUCUUCACGAACUCUUCAAAAAUCUGCCACAAGCAAUAAAGCAGAGCAGAACUAGUGAAUAUAUUGUCAGAUAUAUAUACGCCCUAAAUUAGUUUUGCUGCCUUCCUUAGAUGCUUUUUAUAAUGGAAAGUAUAUUGUGUGCAAUGUAUAAAAUUUUAACCGAUAAGAAAAUAUAACGUGCUGCAUAAUGAUUAAAGUUGAAAAAUGAU